AUGUCCGUACGACGUAAGCCACACAAAGCCUCGCCAGUAUUACCGACUAUUCUAAUAUACUCAUCUUUCUACUCGCAGGGUGAAGGACUGCUACAAUCCUCCCGUUUUAACAAGGGAACUGCUUUUUCCGAGGAAGAGCGGACGACCUUCAAGCUGCAUGGACUCCUCCCGCCAAACCGCCAGUCGUUAGAUGAACAGGUCAAACGUGCUUAUCAGCAAUACAGCAGUCGGCAGGAUGAUUUAGCCAAAAACACAUUUCUGGCUAGUAUGAAAGCGCAGAAUGAAGUUUUGUACUAUCGACUUCUACAAACACAUCUCAAAGAGAUGUUCAGCGUUAUCUAUACACCGACUGAAGGUGACGCAAUCCAGAAUUAUUCUCGGUUGUUUCGAAAGCCAGAAGGGUGUUUCCUCAAUAUCAAAGACCAAAAUAUGAUCGAGAAGUCACUGGCCAAUUUCGGCAACGAAGAAGAUAUCGACUACAUCGUCGUCAGCGACGGAGAAGAGAUUCUCGGCAUCGGCGAUCAGGGUGUGGGUGCCAUACUCAUCUCAGUUGCCAAGCUUGUGAUCACGACACUGUGUGCCGGUAUUCACCCUGCUCGACAGCUUCCAGUCGUGCUGGAUUGUGGAACAAAUAAUGAUGAGCUCUUGAAUGAUGAGCUAUAUCUAGGAUUACGACAGCAUCGGGCAAGGGGAAAGGAAUACGACGAUUUUGUGGAAAGAUUCGUCAAGAGUGCACGAAACCGAUUCCCAAAGGCCUAUAUCCAUUUCGAGGACUUUGGUCUUCACAACGCCCGUCGCAUUCUGGACAAGUUUCAAUCUCAAAUUCCCUGCUUCAAUGAUGAUAUCCAAGGCACUGGAUGUGUCACUCUCGCUGCAAUGAUGGCGGCUCUACAUGUUAGCCAAGUAAAGAUGGAGGAUGUCCGUGUGGUGAUCUUUGGCUCUGGUACGGCUGGCACAGGCAUCGCAGAUCAAAUUGCCGAUACUAUUGCAACGGAGACAGGGAAACCGAAAUCGGAGGCAUCUAAGCAGAUCUGGUGUAUCGAUAAAUCAGGUCUUCUCUUAAAGUCUCAAGGGACUGAUCUGACUCCGGCUCAGAUACCAUUUGCCCGCGAAGAUGGCGAUUGGCAAGGCGGCCAGCAUUAUGACCUUCUUUCUGUGAUUCAGCAAGCCAAACCGCACGUCCUCAUAGGUACAUCGACGAAACCCAAAGCCUUCACAGAAGAAAUAAUCCGAGAAAUGGCAAGGCACGUAGACAGACCUAUCGUGUUCCCACUGAGUAAUCCGACACGCCUCCACGAGGCACAACCCCAGGAUCUCUACGAGUGGACCGACGGCAAGGCACUUGUCGCAACAGGCAGUCCAUUUCCGCCUGUUAAGUAUGGAGGUGUCGAAUAUGAUAUCGGAAUCGGCCUCGGCGCAGUCCUGUCGCGAAGUAGUCUUUUAUCAAAGAAGAUGCUGGUGGCAGCUGUGGAAGCCCUCAAGGCCCAAUCGCCCGCCUUGCAAGACCCCAGCAAGCCCCUACUGCCUGAUGUUGAGGAUGUUCGAGAGAUUAGCGUUGAUAUCGCUGCUGGUGUGAUCAAGUGUGCAGUGGCGGAGGGACUUGCACAGCAAGAGGAUAUUCCAUCAGGGGAUUUUGAACUCAAGGCAUGGAUUCGUGAACGGAUGUGGGAGGCUGUUUACCAACCCCUGGUCAAGCCAUAA